GAGACCAACGCAAAGCAUACUCGCGUGUGAAGGAAGUAGGAACAACUUUCUGAACCGUCUUCAUUUGUCGGCCCGACAACGUCCGUUGCGGUUUGGUCAGGCUGGUUCUUCCCUUCGGAGUUCGUUUGAAGUGCUAUUCUUUUUCUGUGUGCGGAGCUCAUCUUUAUGUGCCAGUGCCGUUAUAGUAAAUCGCGAAGAAAAUGUCGUCGCGGUGAUCGGUAAUCUGCAGCUAAUAAGUAAUUUAUUCAUACGCUGUAGAUUUGACUAAGCUUGUGUUCUAACAAAAAGUGACAAAGUGUAUGCCUGUACAGCUUAUUAGUUCAAGCUGCAAGUGGAAGUUCCGUUCCUGAUCGCAACAUUCCUUGAGUAAUCAAUCACAUCCGCAAAUCAAGAUGACCGGCGAACAGAAGGGCACGGUACUGGUGACCGGUGGAGCUGGUUACAUCGGAUCCCAUACGGUGGUGUCACUACUAGAAGCCGGGUAUGCUGUUGUGGCCCUUGAUAACUUCACGAAUUCAGUCAACUCGGCUAAAAACGAUUCGGUUGCUCUGAAACGUGUUGAAGAAAUUACCGGAAAGACAAUCACAUUCUACCGCUGCGAUCUACUGGACAAAGAUGCGGUGGAGGCUAUCUUUAAAGCGCACAGUAUCGACUCAGUGAUACACUUUGCCGCGCUGAAAGCCGUUGGCGAAUCGAUGACCAACCCUUUACUGUACUACAAGAAUAACAUGAUCGGAAUGAUCAACUUGCUGGAAGUAAUGGAGAGCUAUCGUAUCUACAAAAUGGUCUUCUCCAGCUCGUGCACGGUCUACGGAGAACCGGAAACACUGCCAAUAACGGAGGAAAAUCCUACAGGUAACGUAACCAACGUGUACGGUCGAACCAAGUAUUUUAUCGAGGAAAUGCUGAAGGACGCCGUCAAUGCCAAUUCCAAGUGGAACAUAAUCGCGUUACGAUACUUCAACCCGGUUGGAGCUCACAAAUCCGGUAGGAUCGGAGAGGAUCCUACUAAACAAUUCACGAACCUAAUGCCAUACAUCAGCCAGGUUGCCACUGGAAAAAAGGACGUUCUGACAAUUUUCGGAAACGAUUACAACACACCUGAUGGAACGGGCGUUAGAGAUUAUGUUCAUGUAAUGGAUCUUGCUUCUGGACAUGUGGCAGCGUUGGAUAAGUUGGAUCGCAUGCAUUUGGGUCUGAAGAUGUAUAAUUUGGGAACAGGUAAAGGAAUAUCGGUGAUGGAGCUGAUAAAUACUUUCGAAAGGGUAAAUAACGUUAAAAUUCCAUACGUUAUUCAAGACCGGCGUGCUGGAGACAUAUCAGCUAUGUACGCGAAUGCUACUCUGGCAGAAACGGAAUUGGGUUGGAAAGCGGUUCACAACGUCGAGGAAAUGUGUGAAGAUUUCUGGCGAUGGCAACAAAUGAAUCCGAACGGAUACAAGAGCGAACAAGUGAACGGUCAUCAUUAAUUAGCGAGACCAUUGUCUAUCCAACUUCAUUUUUUUUAAAUUUAUUUUACCUUAUACUUUCAAGUAUUUCGAAAAGUUUUGCGUUUUGCAGUUUCAAAACUUCAGAUCCGAUCGACGUAAAGUUCGGAUAAGUAUUACGCGCGAAUAUUUCCAAACACUUUGGAUGCUCGGGUAGCAAAUCAGAAAAUAAAUCUAAAAAAGAUAUUAUAAAUAAAGAUGACUUCUACAAUCAAA